AUGCAGGAGAGCGGCAUGACGAAGGGUGCCAUCCUCGCACUCAACAGCGAUACCUUGAAGAUGGAGCGGCAAAAGCUUCUGCGUGCUCAAGAGAAUGAGCGAGCCUGGCUGAAAUCCGCCCUGCAGUGCGAGCUGAAUCAGCUGAAGCAAUUGGAGCAUGCCAACCUGGUGCUUCAGGGCGAGGCCAACGACAAGGAGGAGAAGAUGAGGGAACAGUCUCGGAAGCUAAAGGAUUUGAAUGACAAGCGUGCUGCCGAAGAGGAGCGCAAGCAGAUGGAGAUGGAAGCACGGCAGAAGCUCGAAAAGCAGCUCGCAAAGGAGGAGUUCCACAAGCAGCAGCUCGAGAUUCAAAACAAGGCGAAGUUGGAUGCCCAGAAGUCGAAGGAAGCCUACGAGAGGCAAGUUCGAGAUGCCGAGCGUAAGCGGGAGAUUGAAAGGGAGAAGGCUGCAAAGCGAGAGCAGGAGUAUCGUGAUCUUCAAGCACGCAAGGAUGAGAUGAGGGCUCAAGAUCAGCGCAGGACGGACCUCAUGGCCCAGAAACAGGCGUCUUUCCAGGAAUUCCUACGGGAGCGCAAGGACGCGAGGGACAUGCGGAUCUACAACAGCAUUCAGGCGAACCAAGAGCUGGAACAGAAGCGCCGGGAUGACUUCGAGAAGAAGCAGGCGGAUGACGCCGCGCGUGAGGAGAGGCUGAUGCAAGCUUUGGCCAUCAAGCAGGAGGAGAGCGCGAAGAGGUCCUUCCAGACGAUGAUGAAACGCCAGGUCAUCAAGGAAGAGGCGAUGCGCCGAGCCGAAGAUCGCAGAAUGGCCAUCCUGGACCAGCAGGAGGAGACUGAGUAUCGGCUCAUGGAGCACGAGGCCAAGAAGGAGCGAUACCUGGACUUCAAGCGCGAGUUGGACGGCCUGCGCGCCAAGAACAAGGAGAUUAACGUCGAGCGCCAGAGAAGGCGUGAGGACUUCGAGCGCGAGUCUGUCGCGGAUGCGGUCCGCAAGAAGGACGACAAGAUCGAUCAGCUCAAUGCGGAGCGCCAGCGCAUGCCAGACAGCCUUCCAGAGAAAAUGCCCGGCAUCGAGGUGCUCGGCGAUGAACCCUGGUUCUCGCACGUUCCGACUAGACGGUCCCUGCGUGAGCGGGUUGUAGCAGCGCAUGCAGCUCAGAAGAUCCUCGUGGCUGCCCCUGCCGACGAGAUAAAGAGAAUUUGCCCUGGUCCUGGUCGCAUACUUGGUGCUGGUGCCGUUCUGCGUCUCGGAGGUUCUGUUCUGGGCGGCUACGGCGAGGCAGAUAUCAACUACGCGUACCGGCAGCUCUCGCGCGCGCUGCAUCCGGACAAAAAUCCGGAUAUCGAAGAGGCCCACGAUGCCUUCAAGCGACUCACCGAUGCCUCGGCUGAGCUCAAAGAAGGCUUGGAGGAGCAGAGAAACCUUUUGAGAGCCAUUUGCCUCACCAUGGGCACGGCAGUGACUCCCGAAAUGUUGGAGCGGCCGCAGGAGGCUCUCUUUGCAGAGGCAACCCGCAUGCUGCAUGCGGUCUUAGCCUUGACCGGUGAGGGAGAGGUUCCCGGGCCAGCCUUGACGCGUUCCCUCGCGUCCUUCACGGCCUCGACGACGUGGACAAAUAGCAGACCGCAGGUCCUUCUGGCCGAAUGGUUCGAUAUGAACCGGCUCUUAGACUUGUUCGGCACUCCCCCAUUGCGGACGGCCUACGACUGCGCUCCGAAGCGUUACCGGGCGCAAUUCCUCUGCGCCAUGAACCGCGCAACCCUCGCGGAGGCUAAGAGGAACAAUGACUGUGUGCGCGGAAACUGGCAGACAGUAAUGAUGCAAUACCCCGAGAUCGGGCUUUGGCGUGACCUCCGUGAGAAGAUAAAGCUCCGCGUGUGGACGCCCGAAGCCAAUGAGCCCGGCACGAAAACGCGGCGAGGCAGCAUGUGGGACGACGAGGAGGGUAAGCGCACAUCCACUUGGGCCACCUUGUGGCGAGAUAGGAUCCGAAACGUGCUCCCACGCGGUAUCGAUAGUUUCGUCGGAGCCGGUGACAAGGAGGUGCGGAUGAUGGCUGCGGCUCUUUGGAAGGACAUCACGGAAUGGGCCAAAGGCGAAGGAGAUUGCGCUCGCCACCUGAAUCUCUUCACGGCGGAGCCCCCUGCGAACCCGGACGAGACGGCUGAGGCACCGGAGGAGUGGGCUUUCGUGCCGGCCGCCGACAUCUUCCUCGUUGUUGGCGAGGGCAUCGUCGGUAUCACUGCAGAGGGCCUUGGGGCCGCAGAUGCCAAGCCCGGCCACGACAGGAUGACUUUCUCGGAGGCCAUGCAAGACAAGAAGCAAAAGUCCAAGGACGACGAGGACGAGGACAAGGAGAAGAAGAAAGGGAAAGACGGCAAGGACAUUAGUCGAUCCAGAAGCCCGGGUGGUGGCGAGAAGAAGAAGGUGGUUAAAGACAAGGACGGCAAGCCCAUGAAUGACCCAGACUUCAACUGGGAAAAGGUCUGGAGGGAGCGAGUGACUCAAAGUAAGCAGAGACGUGUCGUCAGAUCCCCGACCCCACGCGGCCGUCGGCGCUCGCGGUCUCGUCGCCGAUCAAGGUCGCGCGUGAGGAGAGACCGGAGUAGAGACAGGCGCCGGACGAGGGCCUCCGAAUCCCGCUCGCGAUCUGCUGGCUCCAGGUAA